AUGUCUCUUAAUAAAGUUGUACAAGAAAAUGUACAAGAAAAAGAUGUACAAGAAAAAGAUGUACAAGAAAUUGAUGUACAAGAAAAAGAUGUACAAGAAAAAGAUGUACAAGAAAAAGAUGUACAAGAAAUUGAUGUACAAGAAAUUGAUGUACAAGAAAAAGAUGUACAAGAAAUUGAUGUACAAGAAAUUGAUGUACAAGAAAAAGAUGUACAAGAAAAAGAUGUACAAGAAAUUGAUGUACAAGAAAUUGAUGUACAAGAAAUUGAUGUACAAGAAAUUGAUGUACAAGAAAUUGAUGUACAAGAAAUUGAUGUACAAGAAAUUGAUGUACAAGAAAUUGAUGUACAAGAAAUUGAUGUACAAGAAAUUUUAGUAUCUACAAUGAUUGAUGAGGAUCUAGUUAAAAUUGAGCAGGAUCUAAUGGAAUAUCUUAAUAAAUCCAGAUUAAUGUUCGGACACACCUCAUCAUAUUCCGAUGUCAAAGAUCAAAUGUUUAAGAUCGAAUGUUAA